AUUUGUUUUUUUCCACGCAUCUCUUCGUUGCCUAGGCUUAUUUAGCACCCCCUCCCCUUUCUCAAUUGCCCUCGUGCACGACAGAUGGAUGGAAGGAAAGAAAGAGAGAAAAAUCAACAUAAACAUGUAUGAAAGCGAUGCAAAAGAUGCUCUAUCGCUUUAUGUUACCUGCCUGGACGAAGAUCCUAAAAAGAACGAUUUGAUCGGUGAUUGCGUCAUUAACCUUUCCAAAGUCAUGGAACAAGGAACACAAGAUGAUUGGUUUGAGCUUACGUAUAAAGGAAGAGAAGCAGGAAUGCUUAUGCUUCAAUUGACAUACUAUUCACAUGAUCCUAGCCAUCGGUUUUUCAGAGCAAAUCAUCCUGCAACAAAGGAAGGUAAUUCAGGACGUCGAUCCAUUCAUCCACCCAAGAAACCCAAGGCAGAGGAGAAGCCAGUUGUGGAGGAGCAUACGGAUGAAGGUCCUGUAUACAAACCACCAGUUGUACCUGAGCCUCCUACUCCAGCUCCACCAGCUCAAGUACCUAUGGUUCCUGGAGCCGCAGGAUAUCCAUAUGGUACCUUGCCAGCUGGAGGAGCGGCUGCUCGUCCAGUAUCACCAUCAGGUCACGGACAUUUUGCUGGUCACCAUACUCCCCAUGUCCCGCCAGCCACUCCUUAUGCUGCUCACCAGCCUGUGCCAGGCAAUCCCUAUGCAACCCCCGGUGCUGGUGGAUACCCAGCAUAUCCAGCAGCAGGUACUGCUGGUCCAUAUCCAGACCCUGCAUUGAGUGCAGAUCCAAGUAAGCGUCUGUCAUUCCCAGGACAGACGCCAAUUGUCCCGCCUCAACAGCCCGGUGGAUUCUUGCCGGGUGGGUACCCUCCAGCAGGAGUAGGGGCUAUGGGUCCAGUUCCAGGUGCCGGAGGUUAUCCUCCUCAAGUUCCUGGUACACCGGCUUUCCCACCUCAGAAUGUUGGAGGUGCCUAUCCACCCACUACUGGAGCAGGAAUGGCUAAUUCUCCUUACCCACCAGCACAACCAUUGCCAAACAAUGCAGGUGGACCACCAGCUGGAUACCCAUUUGCAGCGUCCAAUAUUUAUCUACCUAAUAGCAAUAGCAGUAAUAGUAGUAACAACAGCAGUAAUGGUAGUUUCCCUGGAGCAUACCCAGCGAACAAUAACAACAACGGGAACAUGAAUAACAUGAACAAUAUGAACAACAUGAACAACAACUUCAAUAACGGCGGCAAUAGCUUCAAUAACAAUAAUGGUUUUAACAACAACAGCCCAAGUAGUUUUAACAGCGAUGGAGGCAGCUUCAACAGUGGAGGCAGCUUCAACAGUGGAGGCAGCUUUAAUAACAAUAACAAUUUUGGCAACCAAAGAAACAGCUUUAACAACAGCAAUAAUAAUAAUAACUUCAGUAAUAACAUGAAUGGAAAUAACGGCUUCAAUAACAACAUGAAUGGCGGAAACAACUUCAACAACAAUAACUUUAACAACAACAGUAACUUUAACAACAAUAACAGUAGCUUUAAUAACAAUAACAACACCAACUUUAACAACAAUAGGAAAAACACCAUCACACCCACGCCAAUUGUAGCAACCUCGGCGCAGCAAAGUCGUCCGACAGCCAUGUAUGGGCCUGAUGAGUUUUAAGAGAGGCUUGUAGCCCUUUUGCAUCCUUGUUGAUGAUAGAUGUGCAAUUUUGGGUUUUUUGUUAUUCCAUAAAAAACACGUUUUGAAAAUAAAAAUUUUUAACGGGCA